GUACGUAUAUGAUUUCUGCAUAGCUUUUUCGUCCUUCGAAAAGCGAUCACCGUUCUGCUGUGCGCUCAGCAGACGAAGAGCUGGGGACUUGGCGGUAGUCGCCUAUUCUUUCGCUGGCGCGGCACCCAAUCAGGCGCUAGCGCGUUUAUAGACACAUUAAUUGGUAAACUGCUAGCACUUGUCCAGAUCAUUCGUGGAAAUGGACCCCUUGGCCAAGGAGGUCGUCUUCGACUUGGACGCUGCAGCUUUUAGCUCAGAUGAUUUCCGAAUGUUUCAGUUCAAGGUGAAGCGCUGCCCGCGCGCAAGGCCACACGACUGGACACAGUGUCCUUUUGCGCAUCCAGGCGAAAAAGCAAAACGCAGAGAUCCCAGGAAAUAUCGUUAUUCCGGGACAGCAUGCCCGGAGUUCCGGCGGAACGGCUGCUGUCGUCGUGGAGACGCUUGUCCCUUCGCACACGGCGUCUUCGAGUGCUGGUUGCACCCGUCCCGGUACCGCACACAGAUGUGCACCGACGGUUCGAGCUGCAAGCGCCGGGUGUGCUUCUUCGCGCACACGGAGGGCGAGUUGCGCAAGCCGGAGGAGGAUCCUCUGUGGCUGCAGCAGCAGCUCCAGGCCGAGCUGGCAGCAGAGCAGCAGGUGCAGCAGCAGAUCCAGGCGCUCAAGGUGUUUGCCAACAUCCUGGGGCCCAACACGAGCACCGCGGGAGGGCAGCAGGCGGCAGCCAACCAGCCGGCGGGUGUUGAUAUGCUCAAGAACCUGCCAUCCUCCACUCUGACCCAGUUGCUGGGCGCUGCGGGGCACCAGGGCGGCGGGGGCGCAGCAGCGGCCGCGGGGGGAGCCGGCAUGGCGGCAGCACAGCAGGGACAGUCCACCGAUGGCCUGCUACAGCUGCUACAGCUAGUCGAGCAACAACAGCAACAGCAACAAGCGGCCGCCUCGGUAGCACCACCACCACCACCGCAGCAGCAGCAGCCGCCACAGCAGCAGCAGCCGCAGCUGGCUCCCACCUCCGGCGUUCCUGGCAACCUAGGUGGUCUGCUUAGUGCCGCUGUGUCAGCCGCUGCCUCCGCGGCACCCGGCAGUGCUGCUGGCGGAGGUGGCGGCGGCGGGGCAGCGGCGGCAGGAGGGGCUGCGGACCUGCAGCUGAAGUUGCUGGCGCAGCAGUUGCUGCAGCAGACAGCGCAGCAGCAGCCGGGUGCUGCUGGCGCAGACGCCAUGCAGGUCCGGCUGCUGGCCCAACUCGCGGGGCUGAACCUGCAGCAGCCGCAGAAGCCGGCGGACAACGAGCCGCCGCCGCCGCCGCCGCCGCCCCAGCAGCAGCAGCAGCCCAACGCUCCAUUGGACCAGCUGCUAUCCUUCCUAGCCGGCCAACAACAACAACAGCAGCAGCAAGCGGCUGCGGCGGCAGCAGCAGCGGCCGCUGCAGCUGCAGCUGCUCAGCAACAGCAGCAGCAACAGGCAGCAGCAGCAGCCGCAGCCCAGCAGCAGCAACAGCAGUUGGCUGCUGCUGCAGCGGCGGCACUAGCAAGCGCACAACAACAUGCCCAACAGCAGCAGCAAUUGCAGCAACAGCAGCAACAGGGCGCUGCUGCUGCCAGCACGCAGGCAGGCGCCACGUCAUCAUCCUCAGCGGUGGCGGCAGCGGCGGCGGCUCUUCAGCAACUGGCGGCGCUAGGUAUCGACAUCCAGUCUAUUCCUGGUGUUCACGAGCUCCUGGGUGGCGGCAGCAACGCCGCCGCGACGCAAGCGGCACCAGCCCAAGCCGCUGCUGGGAUGCCGGCGGUAACGCCCAACCCCGAGCCCUCCCUAGCCAUGCUUGCCGCGGCCCUGCAGGGUACCCAGACGCCAACCGCCGCCGCCGCGGCCCCUGCCGCCAGCGAAGCCCCCGCUUCCGCCGUCGCAAGCAGCGCGCCCAGCCAAUCCUCGGCGCCUCCGCCGCCUCAGCUCCCAACCCGGGAGCCGGCCGACGGAGCUGUUGCUGCCGCCGACGUUUCUCCCGCUUCGUCCCUAGGGGCGCCUCCGCCCGCAGCGGUGCCGCCCGCGAUGGACCCUCUGUCAGCGCUUCUUGCGGCGGCAGCAGGGGGCCCCUCCGCAGCCUCCGGCAGCGGCCUGAUGGCAGGCGGCCUCUCACCCGCCAUGCUGAGCAGCCUGCAAGGCAUGCUGGG